AUGCUGCUGAACCUUGGUCUCGCAGCGGAUGCCGCAGCAGCUCAUCCAAACGAACCCUGCGCCCAGCCAGAGUCUGCCUCAGCCUACACAUCUGCGUUCUCCCUGUAUGCGCUGCCAUUCCUGGGCACGCUUUAUAACCGCAUGAAGCUCGAUGCUCCUGCCGCGCCCGCAGGAUCUAUUUCCGCCGUGGCGAUGAGCCCAGUUGCGUCGACGCCGGAGGGCCAGUCCUCCACCGCAGCACCGUCCGCGCCGCCCGCACUCGCCAGGCCUCAAACCAACCGUUCGUAUACCAACAAGAAGCCUUCGCGACCGAAGACCGCGUACCAGUUCGCCUACCCUGCUACACAUGCCCGCCACAAGCGGCUGCGGUUGCGGCCGAAGCUCCUGCUGCAGGUGCAGCAAGUGUCGCAAACUCCUCGACCCUUGCCUAUUAUAGACGUCCUUCCAUCCACCAUGUAUCUCCCUCGGUUAGCUCGAAAAUUCCCGACCCUGUUUCGGCAGAAAAAUGGACUAUGUCCCUUCGACGUGAUCAUUGUGAUGAGUGAACUGUAUGCGCGCACAGUGGACGCCACCCCGGAGAAGCGUGCAGGCUCCGACGACGAUGAUGAGGAUCAGCGCGAAGUGGUGGCUACCGUCUGCCAGAUGCUACAGGAGGAAGCUCGUUUGAAGCGGAAGGCUGAAAUCUGCUUGAACUUUGGGCCUGUCUGGGAGGCCACCCCGCUUCCCAGUGGCUCUUAUGAAUUUGUUGCCCGCACAGAUGACGGUCUCCGGGUCAUGCGAUGGGCCCUGCGUGGAGGGAAGAAUCGUCGACUUUCGGCGCCUCCGGGAACCCAGGCACCCGACGACACCAAGCGGUUUACCUUCAGCGUCAUCGACCCGAAUACCCGUCGGCACCCAGUGCUCGCCUCUAUGACCAAGAACCAGCUCGAAGUAUAUGAUGAAUAUUCCACCGUGACGCGAUCGACUACUGGUCACACCACACCGAGUUCCGCUAUGUCUGUGGUCAGCGACAUGUCGGAUACGGAGACGCCUGUGGAUAUCCAUGAUGCGAUUACACUUGACGAUGGGCUACGCACCUUAAUCAUUGUUACUGGCAUCUGGGUUGCUUUUCGAGAGGGCUGGUCCCGCAACUUUAGCUAUGAAGACCUUGUCCCCACCCCAAAUGGCAAGGCCCUUCUCUCUCCAACCUCGUCCACAAAGUCCGGCUUGCUCACCCCCACCAAGAGCGAGAAUGGGCGCUCAGUUGAUCGCGACGAGCUGGAACCGGCGAAGGAGUUUGCGGACGGCAAGCGCUGCCUGUCCCUUUCCAGCAUGAAACGCGCCAAUUCAAUGGCACCCGCCGAAGGAGGUCAAGGGUCUGGAAGUAUUUCGAAACGGUCCAAUUCUACCGGGGCCGCCUUCAUGGAACGAGCUCAGCGACGGGGCGCGUCGGGGGUUAACAAUCGACUCAAUCGACACAGCAUUUUCACCAGCACGGGCGAGAAUGGCCGCGACAUCGUCGUUUCUCGCCCUUCUUCUCUGCGACAGAACUCUAUUGAACCUGAAGUCUCGCCCCAGCGCCCCGAACGACCCAAAAACAAAAUCAAUGCUCACCCGGUCGCCGACAUCCCCAAGCUCAGUAUACAACCUGAUUAUGGUCCAGAAUACAGCUUGGGCAGCACCUCUGAUGUGCCAUCCAAGGACUCCGACGCCGAGAAGGGCAAACGACGACACCGUCUGGGCUCUCUUUUCACGAUCUUCCACCGAAAGCAUGGGGCUCACUGA